CUACAUUAACUAAUAUAUUAUAAUUUCCAGUCGUCCGCGACCCGUCCCGUCGUGCUAGCGGUGUUGUGGGUGAUCAUGUCCGGUGCGGGUCAGCGGUGUGCGAGCUGCGGCUCGGCCAACAUCGUGCAGGAUGAGCUGUACGCCGAGCAGCAGCAGGUGUGCGCGGACUGCGGCUCCGUGGAGUCCGCGGUGGUGCUGGCCCAGGACCCCGCCGGAGGCUCAGACGUCAGCUACAGAAGAACCACGGCCGUGGCAAAACAAUUAUGUGCAAACCUAAUAAAAGGUCUCGAGCGAGUGAAAGAAAUAGGCCGGCUUUUAAGGGUCCGCAGCGAAAUUGAGGAGCUGGCGUCAAAAUAUUUCAAGCAGGCCUACGAGCAUGAGGAUUUUAUCAGAGUGAGCCUCGAGAAGAAAGAAGUUCUUGCUGGUUGCUGCGUCCUUGUUAGCUGCAGACAGCUCAACUGGCCCAUUACCAUGGGAACCAUCAGCUGCCUGCUCAGUGCUGACCAGGCUCUGGUGGGAGCGGUUCAUCAACAGAUGGUCAAGAGUCUCGACAUCCAGGCUCCCACCACUAACAUCACUGAUAUCAUGGAAGGUCAUUGUCAGGAGUACAAGCUAAGCCCGUCCCAAGUUCGCGAAGAAUUCGCUGAGGACUCCAAGGCUUUGACCAAACAAGCCAUGGCCCUGGUGGAGCUGGCCGCAGACUCCUGGAUUGUGACUGGCCGGAGGCCGUUGCCAAUCAUGAUGUCGGCGGUGUAUUUGGCAUGGCAGUCCUUGAACCCAAACAAGGAUCGUCUCAAGUUAUCACUAGACAAAUUCUGUAACAUCGCCAAAGUGCAAAAGCACAAUCCCGCUUCGAAACGAAUAUCGGAGUUAAAGGAGGUCCUCUGUAAACUAGGUAAAGAAAUUCCCUGGAUCAGGGAGAGGUUAACACACGAUAACAUUAUUCAACAUGUGGGGGACAUUCUGCAGCACAGGUACGCCUUACUUAGGAGGGCUCUCAGAGCACACGAGGUCUCUUUGCAGGCGGAUUCUCAGAUCACAUGUGGAAACCCAUCAGCAGGGGAGAAACCUCCCUCCCAAAGUUCUGACUGUGUAGAUCAGACUCCAGAUGCUUCUAUGGAACAGCAAUGUUCAAAUGAGGAGAGGGAACCACAAGUAGGAGAUGGAGAUGAAACUCCAGUUCCAGAGGAAAGUGACUCUCAUAGCCAGGACCAAGCACCGGACUGGAGGAAGAGGGUGCUGUUUGCUCCGCCAUGUGUGAAUCGCCCUAAGAGGAAGAGAGCGGAGCGACCUGAGCUGAUUGUCACCGGUGAUGAGGAAAUCUCUGACAGUGAAAUUGAUUCAUACAUCCGCACUCCGCAAGAAGCUCAAAUCUUCGCUCUGAGUCAGAAGAUGUUCGCCUCAUCUGACAGUGGAAAGUCAUAAUAAGAAGUCAUUUAUUCUUCAGGCUUGAGCUCAUGAUCAACUUUUUCCUAUUAUCUGUUCAGGUUAUCAACUUGUUCACGUUUUUUUUUGUA